AAGUCCGAUAGCUAUCGCUAUGCAACCUCUACCCGCCUUACUCUAGACGUCAAGAAACAAUAACAAAACGUUCCGAGAAAAAAUUGUGUUCUGGUGUCCGGUGAAUGCGUGCCUUUUUAGGCCGGAAAAUCCGCUUUCCCCGGAAAAUGAUUGGACAACUCAUUAAGCGCCAGGUUACGACCAGCAACCGGUACCUGUUGUGCACCAUCCCAUGCCGGUCAAUCAAAGUGGACAGCACCACAAAACUCGGCUUUCCGUGCACCUACAGUGAGGAGGAAACGAAAAAGAUCCUCAACACACUCAACGAACAGGAUGUUGAAGAGUUGUACAAAUACAACAUCUCCAAGUACCGGCUGAAGAAGAUCGAAGGAUGGCGUAAAAAGUUCGGUGGCUUCCUGUCACUCGAACAGGUUCUGGAGUUGGACGGGUUCGGGGUGACGGUACUGCGCAAGUUCUACGACUCCAUCGUCCACGGUCCGAAGGCGGAUGCGGUGGCAGCACCGAAAGUGAAGGAAGUCAAGUUUACUACCCCGCUACUGGCGACCCAAGUAGCUGCCCGCGUCACGAGCUGCGUUUCGCUGUACGUUGGGCUAGACUAUGUUACCUGGGCACGGUUCAAGGUGACGAAGGACCAACCGACGGCACUAACCGGCUGGAACAGCUACAAUAUCUCCGACCGGAAGCUACACCUUGCCGAAUUGAUCCGCAACGUGACACACAUUAACCAGCUGAUACCGGAGGCGGAUGUGUACGUUGUGGAGAAUCCGCCCGUAGCACAGGCCACGGCCAUGGGAUCGGCCGUACAGACUAACAUUAACGUGCAAAGAUCCCAGCUGAUCGGUAUGCUGAUGCUGAUGCUAGCGAACCGUCCCACAAGCUUCAGCCAACCCCACCAGCAGAUGGGAGGUGAUGGCGAGACCGGUGGGCAAGGUGCCGAGGGAGAUCUGCCAUUCGCCGGAAGUAACGUAUUCUUCCUGAAGCAAUAUCUCUCCGCACGAUUGUUUGGAAUUUUCGUUGGCAAUGAGCGCGUCUCGGCGGAGGAAGUCGUACGAUCGCUGAUGGAUCGUCAGAUUGGACCGAACGAAGAUGAAAGCCUUCAGUCGGUGCAAUCCCGGCUAAACAUCCCGGUCGGGCUGCGGAUCAUCUACGACGAGAACGAUCGUGCCGAGCGGGAGUUUCUUGGACAAUCGCUUCUGCUUGGAUUAACCUUUCUGCGGUUAUGUGUCUUCAAGUGUGAGGACAGUUUAAAGAUGUUUCGCCGAUAAACCCAUCGCGCGGCUGUGAUAGAAAUGAGGCGGUUGGGAGGAUAGAAAGUCAAAUAACAUUGUGUAUGUAUGCCGGAUAGCAAGUAAAUUAUAGUUUAUACUGUUGACUUCGAAU